AAAGGUCCCUUUAAUACAUAAAGAUCACACAAUGUUAUGUGUAUAGUUGAACAAUUGUAACAAACAUUCCGUUCUUUACUUGUAUGACAUUUCAAACAGAAAUAUGCACAUUCAAUUUACUGUGUUAUCUGUAAUAAGGCCACUAUAUCAGCUAGAUAUAUUUUUUAAGGAGCAUAAACCUCUCAUUUAUAAAUGCAACGUUUCAAGUUUCCUUUAUGAAUGGCAUCUUUUUAAAACUUUUCACAAAAAUAGUGUGCUUUAUGUUAACCUAAGUAGAGGAUGAUAAGUUAUGACAAAGAGCUUUUCAUAGUGUCUGUACACCUUUCAAACCAACGUACAAACUUGCUGAACGAUUAUUGAUUUGUGAUUGAGUAGAUUAUUGGAUUAUUGACUUGGUGAAACGUUAUAUUCAUGGGGAAGAUUUGCUUAGUUACUUCUGUUUGCAGUUUGAUUAGAAUAACUGAAACUGCGGAAGUUAUCUAAAGUUUAUCUUGUUAGGGUUAAACAAUAUUUUAGUAGCUUGAAAUCUGACAUAAGUAUUUAAUGUGUUUUUGACAAUAUUUCUGUGGUACUGGAAAAUAUAAAAUAUUGAAGUUAUAAUUAAAUUGAGGUCUAACAGGAUUCUUUUUUCUUUUACUAAAUAUUAAAGAUGGCGACCUUUUCUCAGUCAACUGUGGAUAAAGGCUCUGAUUCAUUUACAGACUUUUGUUGUUCCCCAUGUUUAGAACAAAACAUUGACCAGUGGGCAGAAUUCUACUGCAAUAACUGUCAUAAAUUUUAUUGUGCAAAAUGUAUAAACCUGCAUCGUCAGUUGUUUGGGAAACAUGUGACAUAUGGAAGGGGAGACACAAGUAAGUGGCCAGUGUCAAAGGAAGUGGAGGAUUUCCUUCGGAAAUGUGACCUCCAUGGGGACGAAGAUCUAAAAAUGUUUUGUUAUGACCACAGUCAGCUGUGCUGCACUAAUUGUGCUUUCCUCAAUCACAGACAAUGUACCAAAGUAACCCUGAUAUCAGAGUCAGUCAAAGGACCAACACCUGACUUGCAGCAAGUAUCAAAAAGGAUUCAAAUUAUUCUGGAAACACUAAAGAAACUGGAAAACGAUUGGAACACCAACAUGCAGUCUUUGCAGGUCUCAUACAACACACAUUUACAUGAAAUACGUCAAACACGCCAGAAAAUAAAUACAAUUUUCGACAAGAUUGAAAAGAACACCAUAAAAGAGCUAGAUGAUAAGAUGACCAGUCUGAAGGCUUCUCUCAAGACUGAUUUGGACAAUUGCAGCAAGCUAAAAAAUGAACUAAAACAACUUAGUGACGCAAUUCAUGAUAUUGUUGAUAAGGGCAAAGCAGACCUUUCAUUUAUUGCAAGUAAGAAAUGUCUGGAAAAAAGUAUGCAGUCUGAAACUUAUCUGAAGGACAAUGCUGUUCAGGCAGAAAGGUUACUUACAUUCCAGGCUGACAUUGAUAUUGAACAGUUCGUCUCUAAACUGUCAGGCCUGGGGAGGAUUGUGCUCAGUUACCCAGAUCAGGUAUUCACUGUGCAAGGAAAGUCAGAGUAUAAUGUGGAAAUACCAAGUGAUUCAUGGAACUGUAGUAUCAUUGCCAUCUGUGUUCUCUCCAGUGAUCAGAUCCUUGUAGCAGAUAAUAAUAAUAAAUGUGUUAAGCUACUAGAUCAGCAAUACAAGGUGGUGGCACACUGUGAUUUAAAUGCUAUACCAAGUGACAUGUGUCAAAUCACACCAAGUGAAGUAGCUGUUGCUGUAAAUGAUGUGGAGACACAUGAGGUCCAGUUUGUCUCAGUGAAUGGUGGGCACCUGGUUAUGGGCAGGGAGUUACAAUUUAAACAUUCAUGCUUGGGUAUCGCUCAUGAUCAGAAGGACCUGUAUCUCACCUCUGGCACUGCACUUUACAAGUAUUCUAUGAGAGGAGACUUAAUGAAAAAACUGUAUGAGGAUACAUCAGGCAAGAGUACAGUAUGUAAGUGUGCAGUGAAUCCAACGGGUGACAAGAUAUUUGUCACUAACAAUGACCAUCGCAAGGUCCUUACCCUGGCCAGAGAUGGUAGUGUACUCUGCACCUUCACAGACCCAGACCUACAAAGGCCACUUGGUAUACAUGUAACAGCUCAGGGACAGAUGCUGAUGUGUGGAGGGCUAUCCAACACUUUCCUACAGCUUCAUGGGGAAGGCAGGAAGAAGCUGUCCACCCUUGCUACCAAGAGAGAUGGACUUUUUGUACCACAGUCAGUCUGCUACAACAGGAGCACAGCCUCAAUCAUUGUGGGACAACGUGGUAACAACAUAAUCCUGGUGUUUAAUGUACAAUAGUUGUGUUUCACAAGUUUCAUCACAAAUUUUUGGAACGUGUACUUUGAACAUGAAUUCAUGGCAACACCAAACUCAUAUUCAGUGUAAGGUGUCAUCACAUAACUCAUAUAGAUGAUUUAUCUUGUUGCUACAGAAUGUUUCAUCAUGAAUUAAUUUGUUUGAAAAAGUAGUUUCACAAUAAAAAAAUUUGGCAACAUAGAUUUAUUUUAAUUGUUUUAUUGCAUUGUUCUCACACGUGUAAUGUAUUGCCACACAAUUAAAAAACAUGUUAUCAUCAGUUUUAAGUAAUCAACUCUUUUUGAUUGUAUGAUUUUUUUUUUGAAUUGCAUAUAAUAGUUGUAUUGUUUUAAACAUGAUCUUUAUCUUGAAAUUUUCCAAAUUUUGACAAAGUUCCAGUUGGGGGCAUCUGUGUCGUGUGGACACAUUUCUUGUUUAGAUUUUAUUUUUGCUAAAGAUAUGAAUACCUGUAUUUAUUUAAGUCAUAUGUGUUAUUUGCCUUAACAUUUCACUAUGUUUUUGAUUAAUUAACUGUUAAUUUCCAACAAUGUUGUAUGAAAUGUUUAUGCAUUUAAAAUUUGUGCCUUCUUAUUAUUAAAUCACCAUGUAAUGAA